GAUGCAAUCGUCUUCGUCGUCGUCAUCAUCAUCAUCAUUUAUCAUCUUACCAUGAGGAUACUUAAAUAGAUUCGAGUAUUGUGCACUGACAAUUAAUCAAUACAGCAGAAACAACACCCCGCUUUGGGAAAAGGGGCACUUGGGCGUUGAGGGGGGGCCAGGGGUGGUGUUUUAAAGAGGUUAUGGUGUGGAGGAAAUUGGGCCCAACCACCACGAGGAGGAGUAAGGUUGAGAUUCUGAUUUCACUCCUGCCGCUGUUGCUUUUCUCAUUGAUGUUCGACGUCUUCUCCGGUGGUGAUGGUCGUCGGACAGGUUUUGCUUUUGUUCAAGGUGCCGUUGGAAAGAUCGACGGAGGUGCUGGUGCGAUUUUCUGGAUUACCGGCGGUGGUGUUGGUGCUAAUGGUGGAUAUGGCUCCCCAUCUAAUGUCGGAAUAGCUAUCGCCGUGACGGUCAUGGCUGGUAUCGCCGUGGCCGCCACCCUCGUUUACUCUAAUAGGUAAAAAAGAAGAGAACAUUUACAAUUACUUCAAUCAAGCAUCCAAUUCGAAUUAGAUCAAUCAGAACCCUAAAUUCCUAAUUUCAUUCUCUAGGGUCACAUAGGUUAUAGAUAUAGUUAGUAUACAUAUAGAUUUACUAGAAAAAAAAAAGAGAGGAAAGAUGUUGGCCUCACAACAGAAACAACAUGUAUUGAGAGCACUCCGGCGGAGUCACACUUCGUCGCCACAAUCAUCUUCGAAUUCGUCGUCUCCGACAUCGUCAUCCUCGUCGUCAUCGUGGAUUCAUUUGCGAUCAGUUCUAUUAGUCGUUGCUUCCUCGUCAUCAUCCUCACCAAUUUCUACUACUAGGGGUCACCUUCAAUCACCUUGGUCAAGAAGGAGAAGAAAAAAUGCUCUUCAGCCAAAACAAUGGAGAAGUUUAUUUGAUGAAGAUGGAAAACUAUGUGACGGUGGAGUGAAGUUCUUGAAGAAGGCUAGAAGUGGAGUAUGUUAUUACCUUGACGGUGUUCAUCCUAGUAUAAGAGCAGAAGUUUGGCCGUUCCUUCUUGGAGUCUAUGAUCUUAAAAGUUCGAAAGAAGAACGAGAUGCUGUUAAAACUAAGAAUAGGAAAGAAUAUGAGAAGCUUAGGAAACAGUGCCAACAAACUUACAUACGAAUUGAUAAGAGCACACAGAUAAAGGAUAUCUCUAGAAGCAGCAGCAACGAGGACAGCAAAGAUGGAAGUCAAGUCCUAGAUUCUUCUGCUGUAGGCAAUACUGACAGUAGCAGGAAUUCUGUCUCUCCUGAGGCAGAUCGUUCAGCUGGUCAGAAUCAAGCAGAAGAUCCUGGUGGUGAUGGAAGUGAAAUCACUUGCAAAAGUGACACUGGUGCUGAAAGCGAGUCUUCUGAUUCCGACUCUUCCGAAGAAGCUGAUGACAUGCAUCCCUCUCCCACACCUGAAAAAGUCACGGAUGAAACCGAUAUCAACAGACAUCUGAAGGAUGACAGUGACACGGGAGGUAAAAACCCAAUUCCAUACAGGUCUGAAAGUUUCUCUACAUGGCAGCGAAUUAUACGGCUGGACGCCAUCCGUGCAAACGACGAAUGGAUCGUCUACACGCCAUCUCAGGCAGCAGUGUCUUUGAUCAAGGCACAUCGGUCAGCGGAGAGUGUGUGUUUAAAGGAGUACAAUCACCUGGAGGCGUGCAGGAUUUUCCACGCUGCACGUUUAGUUUCAAUUCUUGAGGCAUACGCAUUAUUUGACCCAGAGAUUGGUUACUGCCAAGGAAUGAGCGAUCUACUCUCUCCCAUCAUCUCAGUGGUAGAGGACGACAGUGAAGCCUUCAGGUGCUUUGUGGGUUUCAUGAAGAAAGCACGACAUAAUUUCCGACUGGAUGAAGUGGGGAUAAGGCGGCAGUUAAACAUAGUAUCGAAAAUCAUCAAGGGAAAGGACUCUCAUCUUUACCGGCACCUGGAAGAGCUGCAAGCGGAGGAUUGUUUCUUCGUGUACAGGAUGGUGGUGGUUUUGUUCAGGAGGGAGCUGAACUUUGAACAGACACUCUGCCUAUGGGAAGUGAUGUGGGCAGAUCAAACCGCCAUACGGGCAGGAAUCACGAAAUCCGCUUGGGGGAGGAUGAGAAUGAGAGCCCCGCCAACGGACGACCUGCUGCUGUACGCAAUAGCGGCUUGUGUAUUGCAGAGAAGGAAGCAAAUCAUAGAGAAGUAUAGCAGCAUGGAUGAAAUACUGAGGGAAUGUAAUAGCAUGGCUGGGCAUCUGGAUGUGUGGAAACUGCUGGAUGAUGCACAUGACUUGGUGGUAACUCUCCAUGACAAGAUUUAGGAGUUGAUUAUCAUGAGGUGCUUUUUUUAAAAUUUGUUUCUUUUGGGUCCGAUCCAUUCACCGCGUCGUCGCGUCUGCUGCUGGUUUAGUAUGUUGAGUGAGGGGAUGUUUAUGUUGAUUUUCGAUAUUGCAUCUGUAUCUCGUUUCAAAUAAGUUACGGAUAUUUUUGCCCGCACUCAUCCCGGGUGAUGGUGGCUUUUUCCUAAAACUAAUCCUUUAUAAACAAGCUUUUCGUUGCCCUCUUCAA